GUAAUCCAAAACAGGAAGUGAAGUUAACCACAUGUCACUUACGGUGGUAUAUAGAACAGACCUGCAGUAUUAGUUGCUCUACAGAACAGGAUAGCUUGUACUUGAAGUUUUGCCACCAUGAGACUUAACGGCUGCCUGACGAUCCUUCACAUGUCCAUCUUAGCGGCGCUUCUUGUCCAUUUGGAAGCUGAUAGUGAAGAUUGUGAGUUUGAAAUCAGAGUACGUCGCAACACAGUGUAUAAGACUUCCAUUGGGGAAGAACUGAGGAUUAACUGCACAGUUAUUUUCUGCAACAACUCACCACCAACAGUCUCCUGGUUUAAACUUGGGCAAUCUGUUGUCCCUGUCAAUGUCAGCAGUAACAGCCACAUCAAAAUAGAGUGGAAAAAAAUAGACGAUUCACGAGGGAUAUCGUUUUUGGUCUUUAAAAAGAUUCUCAUGAGCGACUCAGGUGAGUAUCAGUGCCAGGGUGGAGGCAGCUUGGGCCACAACAUCAACGUCUCUGUCUCUGAUGUUGUCGACUAUAACUAUGUGUUGGAACCACAUGAGAAAAUCAGACCUGCUUUCUAUCCUGCUUUCCCCCACUAUGCGUUCCGCGUUGUUGGAAUCGUAGCGUUAAUCAUCGUGGUGAUGAUCAUCUAUGUAGCAUCGAGAUCCGGGUGUAAAGUACGAGGUGUCUGCAGUGAGAGAAGAUCCAGGAUGGCGCCAAAUCUGAGCCCACAUCAUAUCUAUGAAAACGAUCCCACGAUACCUUGACAUCAAACUGCUAAGUUAAAUGUCAAUAUUAGAGCUAUGACUAAUAUCAAAACUUUUCAUAGUGUCUCAUUUCAAAGUUUUGUAACCUGUAAUAUGUAUCAGAUUUAUUGAUGUUUUCACUGAUUUGUGUGUCGAAUGAGUUUGUCAAUGCUGCGCUGUCAUUAUGUUUGUGAGUUACAUGCUUUGUGAAUGACAGAUUGGGUUUUCAUGACUUUAGAAUAAUUCAAUUAUUUUAUACAAUGAAGGAACAGUGCACAUUUAUUCAUAAUGCAACGUGUGUUUGCUGUCACGAGUCAAGGCGAAUGUGUAUUUCUUGUAAAUCAAUCUGUUAUAGUAGAGAAGUGAAAUUUCUUAGGUGAGAAACCACCAUUGUUUGUCUAUGGCUGUGUGUGUGGGUGUGUGUGUGUGUGUGUGUGUGUGUGUGUGUGUGUGUGUGUGUGUGUGUGUGUGUGUGUGUGUCUGCAGAAAGUCACACGUUUACAUGUGAACUUUGUUUUGCUUCCUGUACAGAUAAACUCUUUGUGUGCACAUCCAUUGCAGAUACCUUUUUUUUUGGUAAUGGCCUGUUGAUCUGGUGUGUGUGUGUGUGUGUGUGUGUGUGUGUGUGUGUGGUGUGUGUGCGUUCACGCUGACGUGUUCUUGCUUGAAACGGCUUCUUUUCUCGGGUUCAGCUUCUUUGCUGCAUUUGGGAGCAGACAGACAGUCGACUGGUGCACAGGAAGCAGAAUUAAACCACAAAUCACAGAAUCUACUAAUGCUGUAAGUGUUGUCUCCGUAAAUGAAAUAAAUCAUAAACUUCUACUCAAAGAGUCAACUCAAACUCAGAAACACUGUAUUUGGUUCUAGUUUAUAUGACAACCAAGCAACAAAGUGAUUAAAAGCUCAACAGUCGGCUGGUUUAUGGAAUAUUUGCUAAC